UAUAAAAUUGUGUUAAAACAGAAAAUCAAAGUUCUUGUCAGUCCUCAUCUUAUGAAAUAAUAAUGUCUCGACAAAUUCCGCUAGCUUUACUAUUUUUUGUUUUUGCUGUCGCGGAGGCCGUGUUGGAAGUUCCACCCGUAAAUUCGCCACAAUUCGCGAUACUUUGUCGCACUCCGUUCGAAUCGUUGGAAGAAUUUCUCGGAUUUACGGCUAACGGAAUAUGCGACUUUGACUGCAGGUGUACCCAUGGGGCUAACGUGAGAGGGGGCCGAUGCGGCGUCCCGGUCGGAAGGAAGGAGGCGUUUUGCAUUUGCGAUUAUGGGAGAGAUGAAGCCCGAGAGAACUUGUUGAACAUACCGUGUCCAGGAAUACCAAAUGUGAUCGGAAACUUUGGCGAAAUUCCGGUCCUUGGUGCCCUAAAUUUUGUGGUUCAGCCACUUUUUGGCGAACUUUGCGACGCGGAUUGUCAAUGUUCCCACGGUUAUGGGGACGACACGGUGAACGAGUUGUCGGUCAAUAAUGGGGAAGUGGGGAAUACGAGGACGUUCUGUAUUUGUGGGGAUGCCACGACCCUGCAGGCGAAAACGGUGUAAUGCGGCUGCUACGUUUUAAUUAAAUACAGUAUUUAAAUUUUAAAUAAAUUUAAGAAAAAGAUAUUAAUUUUUGAAAAAAUAAUCAAGUCGUGUACUUACACUUAAUCAGAUUAAAAUUGCCGAAACCCAAUUAGUGAAUGUUUUCAGUAUGUAAAAUAAAAUUUAUAAUUGAUGACAGCGCAGCAUA